AUGACUGUUGAGACAGCAACAAAUUAUAGGACCACCCACACUUCCACUUCCACUUCCACUUCCACUUCCACUUCCACUUCUGAUGCAUUGAUCCAAUACUCAGACCACAUUCUUGCGUCAAUCGAUAAUCUUCUCAAGGUCGAGUACAACAAAAAGGGUCGCAAGUAUCGAUUUGUCAAUAACGCAUUCCAACGCAUCCGACAGGAAGAUAAGCACUUGAUCAUAUGUCCCGAACAACUCGACCUCCGGCUCUCGUUCUACUCGGCGUUUUUGAUAUUGUACAAUAUUGGACAAGGCGAAAUACUCCACCAGUUUCCAGACUUUUGCUGCACAAUAUUGGGGCUUGCGUCAAAAUUGGAACUGGAACAUUGGUACGAAGAAGAGAACUCGUCAAUCUUGCAUCUAAAAAAUAGCAAAAUCGACCCAAGGGAAUUGAUACAGGAAGAAGCAGACAAUUUUAUACAGCACCAUCCAAUAACCGAUAAACACAUUACCCAAGGUGUCAACUUGCUAAUUUGUUCCAAGUUGAAUUUCUUGCAUACUGACCACCAUGUAGGGACAAAACUCGAAGGCGUUUACCUACGCAAUUACAUUGAAGAGUACUUUGGCCAAGAGGCACUAUUGUCGCACGACGUCUUGAUUGCACUAAAGAGCUGUGUGCACUGGGGCAAUAUACGUGGUGUCCUAUACAAACUAGGUGUGCCCCAUAUCAAUACCACCCCAGAACUCAUAUCACGGUUUGCAUCAUUUCCUGAGCCCAAUGACGAGUUGAAACAAAAUGUAUAUGAACGGUAUCCCAGUGGCACUUCUAAAUACUCCUUGCUCAAGAAGGCUAUGGAUAUACUUUGCGAGUAUCGAUAUGCAAGAUUGAUCAAAUUGGAUACCAACAUUUUCCACAUUGAAUGGCUCUACGACUUGUGUCGUGAUAUAGAGUCGAAUCCAAUUAGAUACCACCUUCGUGCCAAAACCAAACAGUUGUGCUCGAUGGAACCAGUCAACUUAUCGGAAUUGACAAUGAAAUACAGCAAGUCUUCGCAGAAGCUAUUCCAGUACGUUGCACUAAUCAUAAAUGUGUUUUCUACUCAAGAGAUGCAGUUCCUUAUGCAGAACUCCAAGAUCCCCAAACUAAACCAGGAAUUGAUUGACGCACACCCAAUUUUUUAUAAAAGUUUGGUAGAUUUGAGCAAGAAAAUCGAGGUAUACGAGUUGAAACAGUGGGACACAGGGGAUGUUAUUGCCAGAUUACAGCAGGAGAUAAACUGGAGCACAAAGGACUCGCUUUAUUCUCAAGUGAUGGAAUAUCAAGUCACAAAACAAAAAGUAAAUGAAUAA